AAUACAAUCAAACAUUCCAGUGACGCUGAUUAUUUGUUUACUGCAUGCCAAUGGAGAGUGUAUUGAAUAUAUUGAUUUUUGUUUUCAAGGGAUGUAUUAAUCUGCAUUAGUAGCCGAUUGAAGAUAGAUUUGCACAGCUCAUCUCAAUGGUUUGAGGGUAUACAUUAAGAUAACAAGGGGGAUAAAUUCAAGAUGUCCGGAUCUCUGUCUGUUGUUUCAUUUGAAGGGGAAUUAAAUGCCAUCGUACAGGAGUACCUGGAAUUCAGUGGCUUCGAUAAAUGUACCUCAGUGUUCCAAAAGGAAUGUGAGCAGAAAAGCAAACCAAUAGCAACCCAUGGCAUCAAAUCCAAGUCCAACCAAAAAUUGGUGGCCAUACAGAAUGAAUUGAUGCAACACUUUCACAAAGGGAGAAGGGAGAGAUUUUUUAAAGAGUGGAAUGAUAACCUCCACCCGUCUGUUCGUGAUGGAGAUGCUGUUGCAAAAAAGCUGGAGUUCUACUUGAAUAUAUACUUUGCAACAUUUCCAAUUAAAUUUGCCAGAGGACAGAGGGAAGCAGACCGAGCUAUGGGAGACUUCAAGAAAUAUCUAGAGACAAGGGGUGCUUCCUUGAGCCAGACUACAGAGUUUCUGCCUUUUUAUGCCUUACCGUUUGUUCCAAAUGCCAAAAGUCAUCCAUCUUACAAAGAACUUUUUACUGAUUCUUGGGUUAAAGAUCUCGAAGUUCGUGUGGAGAAGUUCCUAACUCUGACUCUGAAAUCCAGACCACAACCCAAACUAUUUGAACUUUAUAGAGGAAACAAAGAUGGAGAUGAAACAGACCAAUUUCAACAAAUAUCUCGCCUGCAGCAGCAACUGGUGGACUCGGAGCGCAAAACAAUGUCAUACAUAAAACGACACAAUCGCGUACAGGCGGAUUACCACAAUCUGAUUGGAAUCACAGCAGACUUGGUGGAUGCUCUUGAAUCUACUGUCCAGGGAAAACCAAUAACACCGGAGUACCUUCAGGAAAUUUGUUCACGUUUGUUCAGUCAUCAUAUGUCGGGUUCUGUUGAUUUCACUCGUCCAGGAACAGCUAGUCAAUUUCUCCGACAGUCCAUUGCUCCACAAAUUCAGCCCAUGCAGGAACCAGAUGCCUACCCACCUGUUGACUACCCCAAGGUGAAAGAGGACUUAGCCUAUGGACCAAACAAAAGAAAAGCUCUCCUUUUACAAGCCAUCAGAUGGAGGUUGACACAAUCCAAUCCGCAGCAAAGGGACACAACUAUGACUGCCUACAGAGACAAUGAUCUGCUGGGGUGUGCCAAACCUGGGGCUCACAGGACUGCAGUGCUGGGGCUCCUGACAUCAUCUGAUGACAUGGUGAAACAGACAGCAGCCAGACUCUUUAAUGCAUUUGCUUCUCUCUGUGCGGGUCGAACCUAUCUGGCUCAGAACCAGGAAUUGUUUAAGGCUCUGUUAGACAAUCUGCACAGUGAGGAGCGGGAGUCAAUCACCAGGGAGAUGGUGUUAGGAGCACUACAGAAACUCAGUCUCAGACGAAACCUGCAGUCUUCAAUGAUUGAUGCCGGGUUGAUCGAGUGGCUUGUCAAAGUUCUUGAGGACAAUGACAACCUUUCUGAUUACACACUGGAGUACUCUGUUGCUCUGCUCAUGAACCUCUGUCUCAGAACCUCAGGUAAAAAGCGUUGUGUAGGAAACGCCCACCAGACGCUGAAAGUUCUUAGUGAUCUCCUUGGCCACGAGAAUCAGGAGAUCCGUCCAUAUGUAAAUGGUGCCUUGUACAGCAUUCUAGCUAUCCCAUCCAUCAGAGAAGAAGCCAAGGCAAUGGGCAUGGAGGAAAUUCUGCGAUGUUUUAUCAAAGAUGACCAACCAGAUAUGAAUAGGCAGAUUGAGUUUAUUAUAAAACAGUUAAACUCAGUGGAGACAGUUGAUGAGUAUGAAUCAGAUGAUGAGGAAGAUGAUGAGGAAGAGGAGGACCAGGAUGCCAUGGAACUAGAUUUGGACAAAGAUGAGGAAAUUCAGAUCGAUGACAGUGACUUUACUGGGGAGAAAUUACUGACCGAGGAAUAUCAGGCCAUUGCAGGCGCCAAACCCAAGAAAAAGCACUUAGAUACUGUCAUGCACGAGCCUCUCCAGCGUCCAAUCACUCCCAGCCAACGCCGUGCAACAGAGCAUCCGUCUAUCAUUCAGAGCCGUCCAACCUCCCAGCUGUCCCAGAUUCCAGAGGGGCGAAUGGACAUGUCUCGUCCCCCCACCAGGAGUGGUAGUCGUCCCAACACACAGGAUGGACUCCGAUCAGCUUCAAGAGCAAGUCAGCUAAGUCAAGGGAGUGCCCGAGUUUCUAAAGACAACCCAGAGGUAAAGGAAUAUAAUCAGGCCUUUGGUUCCCGUCCAAGGAUCCCCCGUACACCGGAUGUAUCCAGCCUGGGGAAAGGAUCUCAAUCUGUAGAAUCUGUGAAUCAGAGCCGAAACUCACAGGGGAAAGUUUCCCAGAAUAGUCAAGGUCGAAAUUCACAGCAGAAUCAGGGAAGAACAUCCCAGGGAUCUCAAGGGGAUGGGGUCAGUGCCAGGAGGGGGUCACGAGAGAUGGGGAGUCUGAGCAAAGUGCCCCGUACCCCUGACUCCGGCAAGCGCCCCACUAGUCGGGGGUCCAUCAGUGGAAUGCCUCCCCCUCAGCCACAGUACUCCGAAUCUGGACCACGUCCAAGUUCUGCUGGAAAAUCAGUCAAUGGAUCAGAAAAUGCUCCGCCAUCAAGAAAAGGCUCUGUUGCUAGUCAGAGAGAUACCGCGAAGACUCCCGAGAUAUAGCUGCAUGCAGAGUUAUUGUUCCUGAAAACUCUGUCCGGACUUUCCCUUGUGCUUUUUCUCAUCUUUGAAUACUCUGGCAUGCUCAUACUUCCUGUAAUUUUUGUAGGACAUAUGUGCUUUGAAUUCUUAAUAGUAGGUGAUAUAAAUCAUUCACACAUGACAUCAUCUUAGAAGGUAGAGCAAUCCUACAGGAUAGAUUAAACAUUUACUGUAUUACCAGAGCAGUAGCAUUAACAUGUAUGUAGAUACUGUACAUUGCAAGACUAUAGUGAUGGAAUAAUUGAGCCUUAUACAUAAUCCUAUUAUUAAUAUCUUAAAUUUGUUGUCAAUACUUUUACCGGUAUCUACAUACCUUUAAAAGCAAAUGGAUAUACAUGUAUAUUUCGAUGUGAUUGCAUAUUUUUUGAAAUUGAAUUUUCAAUGUUGUCCAAAGUUUUAAGGUUGUACAUGUAUUUCAAAUACUAUGUUGUUAAGAAAUAAGAUGAAGGGUUUUAGUGAUAUCAUAUUCCAUUACUGUAUUUUAUUUAUUUGUUUUGAGAAGUCCUUCAGGAUCUCCCCCCGUCUGUGAUACUACUGAUAUUAAAUGCUGUAAUCUUUUAACACAGUCCACUUUUGUAACGACUGGAAAUUUUUUUACAUAAUAUCUGUGUCAAAUGAAUGUUUAACUUCAUUAUGAGCAACUACUGUGAAAUGUAGGGUUAAGGAGAGAAAAACUCUUAACAAAUUGUAAUAGUGCUUCAGGUGUACUAGCAAUCAUAUUGUCUUGAAUUUCUUUACAAGACAUACAUGUAAGAGGGGCUUGCUCACUGCCUGUUAAGUAGUCCAGUUCUGCUUGAUAUGCAGAAAUUGUGUCCUUGUAUUGAAAGUCUAAUUUUUGCUUGUGAUUUGCAGUAAUUUUUAUUGAACAUUGUUUUUAAUGUGAACUCUAAUGAUAAUAAAUUUAGAAAUUAU